AUGGAGUCUGUAGAAUACGUGGACGUGGACGAGGUAUGGAAGACACUGGGCAGGUUCGGACGAUACCAGUUGGUGCAGCUGUUUAUUCUGAUUCUAGCGGGGAUUCCUAUGGCGUUCCACGUCCUCUCCGUCGUCUUCAUAGGAAACUUCUUAAAGUUGCCCUCAAGAAUGCCUCCCGGCAGUGAGCUGGUGUCCGAGGUGUCCCCGACCAAGUAUCGAGCAUACUGGCCCUUGAUCUUCGAGAUGGCGAGGCUCCAGGCGGCGUCCCUGCUCCGGGCGGCCGCGGAAGGCCGGGCCUUGGCUGGAAAACACAUGGAUCACAUUUGUAACUUUUCACCGGAAGUUGAUGACGACCACAAUACAUCUAUUGUCUUGGACUCGUGCACGAUCCAAAUCGUAAACAAUACUUCAACCGGAACUGACGUGGCAGAGUACGCAUGCCCAGAUGGUUAUAACUACACUGGUGACAGAUACACAUCAUUCGUUGCAGAGUGGGAUCUCGUGUGUGAGAAAGACACACUGGGCAAACUCUCGCAAACUCUCGUCAUGGUGGGCAUGUUCCUUGGAGCCUCUUUCCUGCCGGCACUCGGCGAUCGCUUCGGCAGAAAACGACUUCACGUCGGCGCCAACUUCAUGUUUUUUGUUGUUACUGUUUCAAUGGCGUUUGUUCCCAAUUUUAUUGGAUUUGCCGUCUUAAGAGUCUUUGUAGGGUUUUUUCAUCAGGGUUAUGUAAUAUCGCAGUACAUCAUGAUGAUUGAACUGUUUCCUGCACAACAGAAAGAGUUGAUUGGUUUCUCGGGUUCGUUGCUAUGGGGAUUAUCAGUCACCCUCAUCACUCCCAUUGCCUACUACAUGCAAAACUACAGCUGGCGAAGCAUGCAGCUCGUCUUUGGACUAUUUUCCGCAAUCAGCAUUGUCGAAUAUUUUAUACUUGACGAAUCUCUCCGGUGGCUAGUUGCGAACAAAAGGAUGAAGGAAGCCUUAAAAAUAGUCAAGAAAGCUUGCAAGAUGAACCACAAAGAUUUCGACAAGGCAUGGCAGACAAUAAAAGAGAGAUCUGACGCCAUGAAUGUAUUUAACGAAACUGAACUAAGGGAAAGGACAACAUUGCUCAACGAACCGGAAGUCACUUACGAAGUGAACAAGCCGAGACUAUUCCAGGUUUCUAAACAUGGCCAAAAAGAAGACACAAAAUCAUCAGAAGAAAAAAUGGAAGUUUCUUUCUUAGAUCUGCUGAAAAACCGGACAUUACGUCCCAUGGCCUUGAUUAUUUGCUACACAUGGUAUAUCAACGCUACGACUUACUACGGACUGACCCUGCUGUCCAGUAGACUGACCGGGGAUCCGUACGUUAAUUUCCUUCUUGGAGGGGUACUGGAAAUACCUGCCGAUAUCUUGAUGUGGAUUCUUUUAAAGAAAAUUGGUCGGAAGAAAACGUGUAUAUUCUUCCAUACAGGUGUGGGUUUGUCUCUGCUAAUAACUGUAUUGGUUGCGGCCUUGGCAGAGAAAAGCCACACCACUGGGAUAGUGCAGACAGUCUUCUCACUGGCUGGAAGGUUCUUUAUUUCCGCUUCCUUUAAUGCUAUAUGGAUAUACACUCCGGAACUGUUUCCAACAAACAUCAGGAAUAUUGGCGUUGGAAUGGGAUCCAGUGCAGCACGAAUAGGAGGUAUGGCCUCUCCCUUUUUCAGUUCAUUGGCUCAAGUGGCUAUUUGGGCACCAGGCGCCAUCUUGUCUGCAGCGUGUUUGUUAGUUCCGUUCCUCAUGACGUGUUUACCGGAGACUGCCGGACGAGAACUUCCGCAGACGAUCAGCGAAGUAUCAGAAUGGCGGAAACUGGACCUACUCCACAAGACGAAAGGAAAAACAACUGACGACAUUCAGUUUAAGAAAAUAUAGAAUCUCUAGAAUGUGCAGAUCUGGAGAAAUAGAUCUUUUGGGUGAUUAUUUGGAUUUUUAGAAGGUGGUGGAGUUGGAUCUUUCCAUAUUAAAACUUCUGUUAAAAUAAAAAACCCAAAACAAACCAUCCUAGUUGCUCAGUCUGUUGAUGGGAUCUGCGCCGUGUACGGAAUUUGACGGCUAUGUGAUGUGAAAUGCAGAAUUAUGUGUCUAAUAUUUGACAUACUUAACACAAAAAAAGAAGAUAAAUUAGUGGAUGGUAUCGAAACAGUAUAUUCUGCUCGACCAAUCCACGUUUGCUUGUGUAUUAAAAUUUUACGAGAAGCAUUACUUGUAUAUUAAGGACUGGGGGUAAUUUCACUAAAGAUCUUAAGUUUACGUCUGAAACCAGCAGUGAUACCAGGCAUACAUUUUCAAGUGAGUGGCAUCUAUUUCACGAAGAAAAUUACAUCAUUAAGGAAAACGGAGCAUUUUAAGGAUAAUAGAAAAUUAAAUAUAUGUUUUUCUAACUAUAUUUCUUGUACUAUAAAAGUAAUAAGAAUUGUGGUUUAGUCGUAGAUUUACGUUUACGUGCAAAACUAGGCUUACGAUAUUUACUGAAAUUGGGCCCUGGUCUGUGUGAUAUAACAUGUAAACAUUAAUUUGUAUGGGAAGCAUAUAGCCGACCUCUUGUGUAUAAUGGACGGGUCUACAUGUAUGUGAUAUAAUAUGUAUACAUUGACAUUUUACGAUAAGCAUAUAGACGACCCCAUGCAUUUUUGUUACAGGACGAAUAUAGCCAACCCCAUGUAUGUAAUGGACUGGUAUAUGUGAUAUAAUAUGUAAACAUUAAAUUUUACGGGAAGCAUAUAUCCCACCCCUUGUAAGUAAUGGACUGGUCUAUGUAAUAUAAAAUGUACCCAUUCAAAUUUUACGAGACGCACAUCGCCGACCCAUUGUAAUGGACUGACCCAUGUGAUAUAAUAUGUACACAUUAAAAGUUUACGAGAAGGUUGCAUAGUAUCAAACACGAGAGUUCCGUGUCAAAGUUCGAUGUGCACCGUCAAAUAUUUACGGAGUAAAAGCAGCUGUGGGUGUGAUUGGUAGUAAUAUGUGACAUUGAUUAUUUAGGCAAAUACU